ACCUCGUCCCUCCGCGCCAGAUGUGGACUCCCAGUUUCAGCGCCUUCUCCGGAGACUGACCCCCACAUUGCCCCUCCUCCCCGGCGCUUCCUGGGUCGGGCCUGCCCGCACUCUUCCCAGGAGAUUGCCCCGCCACGGUUCAGGGGAUGUGGGCAUGCAGUGUGGAACUGGGAUCGGCUCGGGGAGUCAUGUGCUUUGCGUAUCUUGGAAGUAGGUGGUGAAGAUUUGACAGGAAUCAGCAGAACGAGUUCUCAGAGUUUCCUGUGUGGGAGAUUAGAGCUGGUUUCGGUCCACGCUGCCGCAUUUUCCCGAUGGAUUCCAUUCACUCCCAAACUGAUGGAGCAGAGGAUCUGGAGGAUGAGGAGGGCCCCACAGCACCCCCUAUUGAAAUGCUGGACCAGGUGACAGGCUAUGAGGGGACAGUUGCUGGCGGUGACGGAAACUACAUUUGUCCACCAACUCACCCGUCGGACAAGAGGGAGCGACCACAGCCCCAGCUGGAGUGGAGAAUUCCAUCCAUCACUGAAGAUGCAGCGAGAGAGGCGUUGGCGCAGUUUGCGACAGUUCACUGCUGUUACAGUGGCAGACCCGUCCGCGAGAUGGUCUUUCAGGACCUCAUGCCGUUCAACAUGUACAGGUAUCGCCUCGAGACCUUCACUGAAUCCCGGCUAACUGAAUGGACUCAUGUGCCCUUCACUGGCCAGUCUGUGGAUAGCAGUGCGUGUGGAACCCCUCCCCUUCCAUGGGACGUCACAGUCAAGAUACCACCAAUGUUUCAGGACUUCACGAAGAAACUCCCAGUUCCUCACACCGCAGCUGUCAAGCGGUGCCACAAGUGCAAGGGCAGAGGGAAGUACCGGUGUUCACAGUGCGGUGGAAAAGGAAAGCUGAAGUGUCUCUCAUGCGGAGGACGAGGGCUGUCACACGGGAAUAAGAGGUGCAUCCAGUGUGGGGGGAGUGGCUCGAAAAGGUGUGGACCUUGCCUAGGCCGAGGCACUCGAUCCUGCCACGUCUGCAAAACCAGUGGCCAGCUACUGUUCUACAUUCAACUGACAAUAAGAUGGACCAAUAACAUCUUUGAACAGGUAGCUGACCAACAAAUCGGACUUCCUGUGACACUCUUCAGUAAUGUGACGGGGCAGAAUGUCUUUGCUGAUGAAAACUACCAGGUUUAUCCCAUAGUCGGUUUUCCGGACUCUCUAAUUGAUCAGAUCUCCCACCGUGGAGUUCAGGAACACCAGGACAAGUUUGGAAGAACCAUGUGUAUCCUCCAACAGCGGCAAACUAUUGAACUGAUUCCCGUGACCAAAGUGCUCUUCCAAUGGAAAAGUCAGGAGCACAGUUACUUUGUGUACGGCACAGAAGACAAUGUCUACGCUCCAGACUAUCCCGGCAAGUGUCGCUGCAACAUUCUCUGAUCCCUUCCCUCGUCUCCAGUGUCUGUCUGACUCAGCUCAGUCGGAGCAUGGAGAUAGGUGAGGAUGUUCAAUGGCGUUACUUAGAAGAAUGAGAGCUGAGCUGCUGUGUUUCAGCAUCAUGUUUGUUCCCCUCCAUUAACGCUAGCAGAAGAAUUCCUCAGACAUCCCCCUGACGUGUAAGAUUUGGGUACUAUGACUGCAUCCUUUCCCUGCAAAAUAACUGCUGCCUUUUGUCACAGCUAGACUAUUCUGAGAGGCUUCAUAAAGAUGUGUAUUUAGAUUUUCAAAUGCUCUCUGGAACAUACAGUUUCACUUUCCACUUUCCACUCAUUUAUUCAUAAACCAAUGCCUCACUGCUUCCCUGCUCCUCUACCCCACCCUCACAUCUCAAUGUAUUCACAGCUCUGGCUGUGAUUUUCUUUUUUAAAUGUGUGUUUAAUCUGAGCAUUGGUGGUAAGGCUGCUAAUUAUCCCACAGUGCACUUGUGGAGAUGAUGCCAAGCAUUGGCAAAGAGCUAACUGAUAAGGCUGGUCUUCCUUUGCUGUUAACCAUGCACAGUUGGAUUGUACAGCAGAAAAUUGGAUGGAGAGUCAAUAUUUAGCUACUGGUACCCUUCAGAAGCCUGACAAUCUGCUAGCAGGACAGAGUGAUGGCCAGUAACACUUAAGGAAGAUGACUCAAUGCAUAAUCUGCUGGAGCAACUCAACAGAUCGAGCUGCAUCCAUGGGAGGAGAGGAAUUGUCAGUGUUUUGGGUCAAACCCCUGCAUCAGGGUCCAAAACGUUGAUGAUUCUUUUCCUUCCACAGAUGCUGCUUGACCACCCCCUGAGAUUUUCUAACAGGUGACCCCACCCCAUUGUAAGCAGGCUUUCUCAACCAUUACCAUAGGCAAACCAGCCGACACCCACCUGAAGGAUAACGCAAAAAAAAAAUUUGUUAGUUCCUGUGCCUGACUCCAUGUUGCUAUCAAAACUGUGCCUCCAUAUUAAAAACCUCAGAAAGGCAUCAAAUGAUAUAUGGUAGUCAAGGCCUGACAUGUGACUGACUCCCAUCAGCAGCUAGGUUUCCAGAGAAACCAUUAACCAAGGUUCGUGAGCUGAAGUGUAUUGUGAUACCAACCAGAAUCCAGGUGUGGAUAUGUUGGGGAGCCCAGCUAUUUACAGAAUGCUGCCAGGACUACUACCAUUCGCAAAUGCAGAUCUUAUUCUGAACCAGCAUGGUGAGAAAGAGAAAAGAUGAUUCACAUAUUAUUCAAAGUAUCUUUAAUGUACACAAACAUAUAAACAAUGUAUAUACAUAUUUGUAUAGGGUAAAAAUAAGUAGAUAUACACACUAUAUGUCAGAAUAAAACUAUAAAUGUGUUAUGUCUGUAUUAAAGUAAAAUAUCUAUCCAUUUAAAAACUCAAAGCAAUAAUAUGGAGAAAUGUAAAUACUUACUAUAAUAAAAUGUGCAUUUUUUGUAUAAAAUGGUAUCCCUGUCCAUGGCUAUAGUAAAUGGCAGGAAGUAGUUGUCACUCUCCAAAAUGCUCACCCACAGAGAGACCUAACACCUGGCAUCAGCUACAGUAUGGUCUCUCCUCUAAUCGGCCUGUCUACAUCCUGUGUCAGGAAUUCUUCCUAGACACACCUAAUAAAUUCCAGUCCACCUCAACCUUUCACAUUAAGGAGGCACCAGGCAACAUCAGAGGAGUUGAAGUCACCCAUGGCAUUUCGCAGCUUCCCAAAACCUAGCUCUUGAUCUGUUCCUCUCCCUGUCGCUCUUGGAAAGACGCUAUUGACGUUUAUGGAAAACUAAAUACAGUAAAGGUAGAAAAGAGGAUUUUAAAAUAGAGUCU